GUUGUGCUGUAGAAGUAGUCAGUGCUGUGAGGAGCUAGCCAUGAGAAAUCACCGAGAAGAUGCUGCUGGACCCUCCCUGUCUGCUAUAAUCUCCAGGGAGAAAUGUACAAACAGCUGGGAGAGCAAGAAGGAACCGCAUUGUGCGGCAGGAGUUUGUGGAGCAGAAUUUUAGGGUGCUGGAGUGGAUCUCAACACCAACAUGAAUCUUUUCUGUUUUUCUCUGGAGGGCUCAAUGGACAGCCUGUAUGAGCCUGUCCCAGAGCAUCAGGAAGCCAAGGAUACAGCCACCCUUGAGAGCCAGGCUAGCACUCCAGUGAGCACACAGGGAAACUCUGGGCCACCUGACAGGUCCAUGUCUUUGGAGUUUCCUGACUUUGAGAACACACUGACCAAAAAAAGAAAAUCCAUCCAGAAGUCCAUGUCUGAAAAUGAAGCAUUUGACAGGAAAAAUGUGAAUGGCACACUUUGGCAGGGUUCCAGGAAGCCAGAGAAUGAUUCCUACAUCAGAAGGCACUGCCAGCUUGAAGAAGAUAAUAUUAUUGCUGAUGGAAUACAUUUGCUCCAAGGAAAGAAGAUAGAAGAAACAACAUGUCAGGUGAUAAACUAUGAGCAAUGGAUCCCACCACGAGUUCACAGUCCGGGUGUGCCUGGUAACAGUGAAAUGGGUACAGAACCAGACAAUAAAGCUGAGUCCAGGGGAACAUUAAAAAGAUUGCAGAAAUUGGUCCGAACAAAGAAAACAAGCACACAGAGCUUGGAGGAUGUCAAGCACGUUCUGGUUCCCCUCAAUACCUUAGAAGAUGCUUAUCUCUCUGAAGAGGAUGAAGAAGCAUUAACUUCUUGCAUGAAGCUGACAAAGCCUCAGGAAAAGAAGACAUGGAAAGAUAACACAAGAAGGAAAGAAGAGCCUGAGACCAGGACAGAUUUUAUUUCUGCAUCUCUGGGCCGCUCAUACACUUCCAGACUUAAUAACUUAGGAACUAUUUCAAUUCAUUCUGAAACAGAAUUUCACUUGUGGAGUGACUGGAAGCCGUUUCCUGACAACCAGCUCUGUCCUUGUGACUUUUUAAUUUCAAAAAUAGAGGAAUGGGAAAACUGUACUUGCUCUUCUCAUCAGCCACAUCUUACAUAUUCCCUAACAGAUAUGGAUCUACAGUACUCCUGGCGCACCAGCAGCUUUGGGAGCUUUGACCGCUUCAGGCACCACUCAAUAUCAAAGACAGAUGAUUCAGCUGAGAUAUCUGAGUUGGAGACUAUAAGUGACAUUGGGGAAGCAGUACAAAUCAAAGGCGCAAGCAAUGGAGGAAGCCUGAGUAAGAAGAUGAGAGCCAUUUCACUUACCAUGAGGAAAAAGAUGGGCAAAAAAUACAUCAAGGCACUCUCUGAGGAGAUGAAUGAAGAGGGAAAAGAAGACAGUGAUCCUGGUGGUGGAGCACACACUGAGAAGGUCUCCCUAAAAGCCAGUGACUCUUUGGAAAGUCUCUACAGUCUGAACAGUGGCCAGAGCUCAUCUAGUGGGGUGACCAGCUGCUCGGAUGGCACCAGCAACAGGGACAGCCUCCGCCUGGACGACGAGGUGCCCUACAACGGCCCCUUCUGCGGCCGCGCCAAGGUGCACACCGACUUCACACCCAGCCCUUAUGACACCGACUCGCUCAAAAUCAAGAAAGGAGACAUCAUAGAUAUCAUCUGCAAAACUCCCAUGGGCAUAUGGACAGGCAUGCUGAACAACAAAGUAGGAAAUUUCAAGUUCAUUUAUGUGGAUAUUAUCUUGGAGGAAGAAGCUGCGCCCAGAAGGAUAAACCCACACAGAGGAAGCAAAAGGACCAAGCCUAAAACACUGCAAGAGCUCCUGGAAUGUGUCCACCUGCAGGAAUAUGCCUCAACCCUCCUGCUGAAUGGCUAUGAAACUCUAGAGGACUUAAAGGAUCUACAUGAAAGCCACCUUAUUGAAUUAAAUAUUUCUGACCCAGAAGACAGGGCAAGGUUGUUAUCAGCAAUUGAAAAUCUCCAGGACUGUGACAUUGAAGAACAGCAGAAAAGUGAGGAUGGUCAGGAGACACAGAACUUGAGCCCUCACCAGAGUUUUGACAAAUCCCAGUUAAAGGACUGUCCAAGAGAUUCUGGCUGUUACAUCUCAUCAGAAAAUUCAGAUAAUGGUAAAGAAGAAGCAGACCCAGAAGCCCUGUGUGAAAUGGUGCAGUCAAUAACAAUCACUGAGUCAAACUGAUUCGGUCCUGCUGCUUUUCUGCAGAUUUUCAGAAAAGACAAUCACAUUUGUCAGUAUGGUGGCACAGAAGCAGAAUAAAAAAAUAUUCUCAACACUGAGAAUCUACUUUUUUCUGAUUCAGGAUGCUCAAACUGUUUCAUAUGUGGACACUUGAUAGCUAAAUGUUAGUUGAUAAGAAUUUCUCAUGUUUUUCUUUUCAAUGAAUCUACAGGUUUUACCCUGAAAAUGUAUUUAUAAAUAUUUGUACAGAAAAUGCAUUUUCUAUAUUAGUAGGGAUUUUUUUUUAGGUAGUGGUUCAUAAUCUGGAGAUGUUAAUUUCUGGAACUGUCCAAAAUGUAAAUAUUGUACAUAUUUAUUUUAAAAAUAUAUGAUUCAUCACACUGUCUCUAUUUUCAGCUGUGUUUUGCUGAUUUGUGUACAGAAUGUUUUUCAUUGAUAUAUCAUCAUAAUAAAAAUGUGGAUACAGUCACACUCUACUUUGAAAAGUACCAAGCCAAUUCUCACUAAUAUUAAAGCUGUUUCACACAACGUUUCUCCAAAGUGAGCUCUAAAGUAGACUGUCAUUUUUCCAGUACUUUUUCCUGGAGGCAUGAGAGAACUGCAGGUUGAAUCUGAAUUCAGUUCUCCGUGGUCUCGAUGUUGUGGAAGAACAGAGCCAUCCAAAUGGCAGUGGCAAUUUUUUUAUGGUUCUUUUCACACCUGUUCUCAUUUGUCCCAAGCAUUAUACAGAGAAUUCAAACUCAGAGCAAAAAAAGUCAUCAGGAUCAGUGUUCUGCUUUUAUGAUAAUGUUUUGUGAAGGUGUUGCCUUUUGUGUGUGGUGUGAAGUUUGUUAAUAGAGUAUGUGUUUGUAUACAGAACUUGGAAGCUAUGGUUAUUGUACCUGUCUUUCAUAUGAGAUUUUAUUGUUUUUUCCCAGUAUAUUUCACACUGGAAUACAC